CGUCUGCUACGACAUUUCCCAGCAGGUCUCAGGGCCGCUUUCCGCGCCAUGGGGACUUGGCAGCAUCUGUUCCUCUGUGGUGGGCUGUUGCUCCGAGGUGGUGGCAGGAUCCCUGCCCCGCUUGGGAGAAGCCGGUCAUUGGUGUGUCGGCGCCAGUUGUCUGGCGCUGACAGUGAGAACCUAAAACAAAGAAGAACACAAAUCAUGUCGCGAGGACUCCCAAAACAGAAACCAAUAGAAGGUGUUAAACAAGUUAUAGUUGUGGCUUCUGGGAAGGGUGGAGUUGGAAAAUCUACUACAGCUCUCAAAUUGCAGCUUUCAUGCAGUAGUAAUGAAACAUCAAAGGCCAUUGGUUUGUUAGAUGUAGAUGUGUAUGGUCCUUCAAUUCCAAAAAUGAUGAAUCUGAAAGGAAAUCCAGAAUUAUCACAAAACAACCUUAUGAGGCCUCUUUUCAAUUACGGUAUUGCAUGUAUGUCUAUGGGCUUCCUGGUUGAAGAAACUGCACCAGUAGUUUGGAGAGGCCUUAUGGUAAUGUCAGCCAUUGAGAAACUGUUGAGACAGGUAGAUUGGGGUCAACUGGACUAUUUAGUUGUUGACAUGCCACCAGGAACAGGAGAUGUACAGUUAUCGGUUUCACAGAAUAUUCCCAUUUCAGGUGCUGUGAUUGUCUCCACACCCCAAGACAUUGCAUUGAUGGAUGCACACAAAGGUGCCGAGAUGUUUCGAAAAGUCCAUGUGCCGGUUCUUGGUCUUGUCCAAAACAUGAGUGUUUUCCAGUGUCCAAACUGUAAACACAAAACUCAUAUUUUUGGUGCUGAUGGUGCAAAGAAGCUAGCACAGACCCUUGAUCUUGAUGUUCUGGGAGAGAUCCCCUUAUACCCCAGUAUAAGGGAGACUUCAGAUACAGGCCAGCCAGUUGUGUUUUCACAGCCUGAAAGUGAUGAGGCUAAAGCCUACCUGAGGAUUGCUAUGGAAGUGGUCAGAAGAUUGCCACCGCCUCCAGAAUGAUUCCCUGUGUGCCCUGGAAAUUGUCCUCGUAUUUGAUCAGAAAGAGAUCUUUGGAAACAAGCACUGUGGUGGUAGAACCUUCAGAAAUAAUAGCAAUCAUGAUUGUUUCAUUUCUAAGGAAAUAAUGUCUUAUUGUAGAUUUGAUUUGCUAAGCUAUGACCCACAGCUAAAAUUUUCAUGUAUCCAUGCUAAUUGCUAUAUAUUUAGGGUGUGUGUGUGUGUGUGUGUGUGUGUGUGUGUGUGUGUGUGUAUGUGAACUGCACCAAACUGCUUUUGUUUUAUUGAACUACCUCUUGAGGAAUCAUGGGUUUAUGAUGUUAUAAUCCCAACAUGAGAGAGAACUACACUCUUCAGGAUAGCAGAGUUAAUCAUUUAAAGGAUGUACUAAAUUUGUACAUGGACACAAAUGUAACGCCUCCCCUCCAAGAAAUUUGGUCUGCAUUUAAAUACUGUCUAUAGUGUUAUCUUGGACAUAUUUUUAAUAAAGUUGAGCCUCUGCUUCCAUCAAGACCAGACUCUUACCCCAGACUUAACGAAUCUGCAUCUCCAGGAAUAGGGCCUGGCAUGUGUAUUAUGAAAAUUUAAAUUUGUCAUGGCAAUAAUAAAAAUAAAUAAAUAAUAUUUAUCAAGUG